CUUUGCCCAGUGAAAGCGUGAGAGAGAGCGCAGGAGAUUGGGGAACGAGUGUGUGGAUGGCGCUUUCUCUUUCUCUCGGCAGACCGAGCCUGAGCGUGAGCUUGAGCGUCGUGGCACCUAGAAGACGGUUUGCUUCGAUACGAUGCGGGCCACGCGACAACCGGGGACCUCUUCUCAAAGGUCGGAUCCUGAGCUCGGAAGCCAUCCAAUCGAUCCAGUCGCUGAAGCGAGCGCAUCGCACAGGCUCAGUCUCGCUCAGCCUCCCUCCUCUCCGGCGCCUCCUCAAAGCCGACCUCCUAGCCGUCCUCCGUGAGCUUCUCCGACAGGACCAAUGCACCCUCGCCGUCCACGUUCUCUCCACCCUCCGAUCCGAGUAUCCUCCAGUCGACCUCACACUCUACGCCGAGGUCGUCACCGCCCUCUCCAGGAACGGCGAGUGGGAAGAGAUAGACAGGCUCAUGGGGGAGCUGGAGGGAAUUGAGGGCGGUUACGAAAGCGACAAGGCCCUGACGAAGCUGAUAAAGGCGGUGGUGGGAGCGGAGAGGAGGGAGACGGCGGUGAGGAUAUACGAGAUGAUGAGAGAAGGGGGGUGGGGCUCGGAGUCGUGGCAGGCAGACGAGUACGUGGCGGAGGUUCUCAGAAAGGGACUCAAGAGGCUUGGGGAGGAAGACUUGGCCACUCAGGUGGCCGCCACUCAAAACUCUCUUUUAAGAGUAAGUAGAACAUGAGGAGGGAGGGAGGGAGGAAAAACUCUCUCAAAAGUCCAAACAGUGUGAGACUGUCAUCUUCUGGGGGAUAGCUUCCCGGUCCUUUUGCACUUCUCAAAUCUCCUCUCGCCUUGCCAAUUCUACUUUUUCCAUUCGAACUCCUCUUUUUGGUUUGGUUUGGUUAAGUGUUGCUUAAUUCCGGUCACUUGAUUAUUCAACUCCACCCAUGUGUUGUUCCUCCUCUGUCGUCCCAAACAGUCUAAUAUAAUAAUAAUAUUCGAUUCCAGGCCUGCCCGAUAUUAAUUCA